AUGUCGACUACCACCACUGCCACCACCACCUCUACUAAUUCACAUCCUUCGUCCUCUAUCGCCCUCAAGGACAAGGACACGCUGACCGCCUCGUUCAACUACUGGGGCAGCACGUCGGCGCCGAAAGAGUCCGAGAUCCUGCAUAUCUUCAACGGCUCAUCGACCGAGCUCCGAAGCGUAGAGUGUCCCGUCACCGACAUUCGCCCCUACGGACUCUCGAACUUCGAUCUCAAUACGCACGGGUUCAAAGUCAUGAGACACUCGUCGGCCCUACUGCCCCCGCAGCGCGACUCGAUCCCGGAUUUCCACGACACGGACCUGGUCAACGGGACGUACUGGCCCGAACUGGUGUCCCUGCUCAAAGCGCAACUGGGCGUGCGCUGCGCGGCCGCCAUCAACACCACGGUGCGAGACAUCAAGCAGACCGCCCCGACCGGGUUCGACCCCAAGCACCCGCGCUUCACGCAGCAGAGCAUGCAGCCGUUCUUCAUCGUGCACGGCGACUACACGGCGGCAGGAGCGCGGGCGCAGCUGCGCGCGGUGGCGCCGACCUUCUUCGCCGACAACAACAACAUGGCCGGCACGAGCGCGGCCGAGCGGGACAAGUUCUUCGCCCUGCGCGCCGAGAUCAUCGCCGCCGAAGACGCCGCCAUGCGGCUCCAGGGCAUCACCGACCAGUGGCAGUGGAGCGGGGAGAACUACACGGGUCCCCGCUGGGCCAUGCUCAGCGUGUGGCGGCCGCUGGAGCCCGUGGCCGCCGACCCGCUGGGGCUCAUGGACCCGCGCACACUGCUGCCGCGGCGGCGGCGGGAGGAGGAGGAGCAGGAGGGGGAGGACGGGAAGACUCCGUAUGUCGCGCUGCAGCGCGUCUACAAGUCCCGGCCGGGCUUUGAGCCCGAGUUCCGCAGCGAGAACAUGCUGGCCGUGGCGCCCCGUGACGGCAGCCAGCAUCGCUGGUUCUAUAUCAGCCAGCAACAACCAGAGGAGGUCUACGCCCUCAAGCUGUUCGACAGCGAGGCGCAUCGCCGCGACGGCAAUGAGGUCGCCGAGUGGGUGGCGCACAGUGCCUUUGCGCUUCCGGACCAAGAAGGCGAGAGACUUCGUAGGAGCGUCGAGGUUAGGAUGGUGGUUAUUUGGUAG